GGUUCUCACAGGCAGACCAUAGGGCAACAAGGGUACCGAUCAACCGAUAGAGAAUGGCCUAAAUUGUAAAUUCUGAAAACCGGUAGCUGACCUACCUAGUUGGGUUUUGUUUCAAAAGAAAUGGAAUGUCAAUGAAUUGCUCACUUGCUUGCCCAGCUCUAACAGAGUUGAGACACGAUGGAGCCCAAUAUGUUUGUGUAUUCGAAGAGUGGGCUUAUGGCCUCGCCGCUGCUUUGUUGUGUUUCGGCGGCCUUGUUCCUUUGGUUUUAAUUAUUUCUUUUUGGGCUAAACUCAAGAAUGCAAGCAGCAAGACGAAGGGAAGACUACGCCGUCAAGAUUCCGAAGCAAGCACUUUCACUGAUGUCUCUAGACCUCAUGACCAUGGAGUGUAUGAGGUCAUAAGAAAUGAAGAUCACGAUGAUGUAUUCUACAGGACUAGAAAAGGAGGAUUUCCCAACCACAAGUAUGGAACUUUCAGUGUCCCAAAUUUCAAAACAUUUGACAAUUUUGGGUCAGCUUCAAGACAUAUAUAUCCGGACUUAACAGAAGUUGGUUUUCCUGAAAGCCAUCCAAGCACCCCAAAAUCACAGACAAAACAGGCUAGCUCAGUUGGAUACAGUAGUAGAAUUUCUAGUGAAGAAACAAUUCCACCUAGAUUGGCAAGAAAGAGACGCAAGGAACAUUCACAAGAGGAUGUGACAGGGCACAGAACUGUUAAAUUUCGAAGGCCAAGAAGGAAAAAUAGACAUAGUUCAUGGCACCCAAGAAGGAAAAGUUUGGAAAUUGAUUAUGCCUCAAAAGGUUUUAAUAGUAAUAUUAUUGCUAGGAACAGUUCAAGCUCAAUUUCAAGUGUUGAAGGGCUUACAAUGGACCAAAAAAGAAAAAGUGUAUCUACAAAACAGUUACAAUGUGGUGCUAUAGACCCUACAAAUGAUGGCUAUAACUAUGGUUUCUCAAAGUGUCUUAGCUUCCAACCAACUCCUCCAGUUAAACAUCUGGUCGAAAGAAUGGACUUUGAUGGAUACCUAAAAGAUUGCAUCAGCACAUUGCCAGAGGACCAAAGAAAUGGAACAUUCUUGAUAAGGGAUUCACAGAGUGAAGCUGGCUGCAAAGUAUUAGCAAUUUUUUGUAAAGGAGUAACACCAACCAAGGUCUUGUUCCACUAUAAGCUCUGCUUUUCUGGAGACAAAGUCUUCAUUCCUGGAUCUGGUACAAAAUUUUCCAAUAUAGACGAAAUGAUUGAUCACUAUAGGGAAGAGCGAACAGUUUUGCCAUGCUUGCUUUCAAAUUGCCUUGGAAAAAACUUCUAGCUGUUUAACUUAGAAGGAGAGUCAAGACUCUUUGCUGCUAUGCUGAAUUUAGAAUUUGAUUUUCUUGUAAAGCAUUGCUUUGUUAAAAUUUUUCUCGAUUAUAUUAUAUAACAGUACAGUGGAAUCCCGUUAAGUCCUACCCCGGUUGACUCGGAAUUUCACUUGAUCAAACUGAUUUUCAAUUCUCAUUCGAUUUUCUUAACUUCUUCAAGCCAAGAAAGGCACUGGUCAUCCACGAUGACGAUUCAAGUCAAAAGUCGUAUUCGAUAAGAAUCAGACAUUCGCUAAGUGUCAGACUAUUUUCUUUCACCAAGGUCCGACCAAACGGGAUUCAACUGUAUAAUUGCUUUACCAUAUGCUGUAUAAAUUAUAUUUCUUAAUUUCUGUGAAGUUUUAGUAGGCUUGUUUUCUUCUACAGUGCUCUGAGGCUUUAAUUAUGAAAAUCGUCAUUAUUAUUCUUUAAGAACGUCUUACAUUGAGAUAAAUAACUGGAAGGUUAAUCGAUAUCUGUUUGAUGUAGAAAACAUCAAAUUUUUUUGUUUUCAAACACAAUUUUUGUAUUUUGUUUUUUCUAAGAUAGAAAUUGGUAAGACGAUUUCAAAUAUAACUUAAGUAAUAUAUUGUUGGCACUAUUCCUUGCUUUUAAGUUGUUACACAGUUUUUGUGAGAUUAUUAUUCGCUUAAAAAACGGCUAUCAGUCGACAGAGUAUUUACAGAGAGGCUAAAAAUUAAUUUAUUUUACUGAUUUGUUUUGGUAAAUUGUCAUUUUUGUUUGUGAUUUGAAAACUGUUUCUUUUAAGAAAAUUCUGUCAAAGACUUGUUUUGUACGAA